AUGCUCAAGUCGAUGCGGCAGUCGGUCGGCGAGCCCGCUUACUUCCACGGCGGCAUGGCCGAAGAGCAGUUCCAGGCUCGGCUCGACCAGCAGAUGGCGGCCGAUCUCGCGGCAGGGCAAGGCGCAACGUUCGCUGACUCGUUGUUCGAGACCGACCACCCCGAAGCGGCGGCCCUGCUGGCCGCCGCCGACAAAGAGACGGCCGCGGCUUCGUCGGCGUCUCGUCCGACCAACGCGGACGCACCCGUUGGCCCGCACGACUGGGAGCAACCGCUCACCGAGUUGCUGGCAGAGCUGUCGGACACCCAGGCGAGCCUGCUGGACGUGCUCGACCGCAAACGCCAGAUGCUCGUCGGCGACGACCGCGCCGGGCUGGCUGAGAUCCAGCCGGAGGAGCAACGGCUUGGCGAGCGACUGCAAGCUUGCUUGCAACGGCGCCAAGAACUGCUCGACACGGCCGGCGAGCAAGGACUGCCGCACGCGAACUUGCGGACCCUCGCGAAAGCCUUGCCGACGCCGACACGCGACGCCCUCGCCGGGCCGCUGCGAGAAGCCCGAUCGAGAUCGCGUGUGUUGCAGCACCAGAGCCUGACGAACUGGGUGCUGGUUCAGCGCCGCCUGCUUCAGCUUUCGCAAAUGAUCGAGAUUGUCGCCACCGGCGGGCGACAAGCGCCGACUUAUCCAGAGAAGGGCCCUUCUGCGGCCGGCGGGGUGUUGGUCGCCAUGCAGAUUGGCCUGCAGGUGACGAGCAACAACAUCGCCAACGCGAACACUGAGGGGUUCGUUCGCGAGAAGGUCAACUACGCGCCGGCCCCGGUUCAGCAGCGGGGCAACCUGACGAUCGGCCUGGGCGUGCAGGUCGACAGCAUCACCCAGGUGAUCGACGAGAAGCUCGGCCAGCAGCUUCGCGACUCCGGCGCCGACCUCGCCAGCGCCAACAUUCAGAACGACGCCUACAAGGAGCUCGAGCGACUGCUCGGCGAGCUCUCCAGCGGCGACCUGAGCACGGCGCUCACCGAGUUCUUCGGCAGCAUUGAGAACACGCUGAACGCCACGAGCGGCGACCCGCUCUCGGUCCGCAAUCUCGCGAUCCUCGAGGGCGAACAGCUCGCCGCGGAGAUCCGUCGCAUCGACCGGGGCGCGCGGGACAUCCGCAACCGGUUCGACGAGCAGAUCGGCUCCUCGGCCGACGUCAUCAACCAGCUGACACAGAAGAUCCGCACCCUCAACGUGCAGAUCACCCAGAUCGAAGGCGGUUCGGCCAACACGAGCCAGGCCGGCGCCCUGCGGACGGAACGCAACAACGCGGUCGAUCAACUCGCCGAGCUGAUCGCCGUGAACGUCUCGGAGCAGCCGAGCGGGGGCCUGAGCGUCUCGGUCGGCGGCGAGUUUCUGGUCUUCGAAGGCCAGCGACGCGACGUCACCUUCGAGUCGGGCGACGAGUCGGGUGAGCAGACCGCUCGGCUGCAGUUUGUCGACACCGGCAAGGAACUCGAGAUCGUCGGCGGCAGCCUCCAGGGGUGGCAAGUCGCACGCGACGAGAUCAUCGACGACUUCCGCAGCACGCUCGACCGUUUCGCCUCGACCCUGAUUCACGAGUUCAACCUCGUCCACUCGCAGGGGCAGGGGCUCGAGGGCUUCGAUCGAAUCACGAGCCAGAACGGUGUUGACAACGCGAACGCGCCGUUUGCCGAGGCGGGCCUGCCCUUCCCCGUCAGCAACGGCGAGUUUGUCAUCAGCGUGACGAACAACGCGACGGACAGCACGGUGCCGACACGCGUCUUCGUCGGCGCCCUAGACAACGGGGAAGACGCGACGCUCGCCGACGUCGCGGCGCAGCUCGAAGCGAUUGCGGGCAUCUCGGCCUCGAUCGACGUCCAAGGCCGGUUGACGAUCGAAUCGGAUUCCGACGCGGUCAGCUUCUCAUUCUCCGAAGACUCCAGCGGGCUGCUCGCGUCGAUCGGCAUCAACACGUUCUUCACCGGCACGGGCGCGUUGGACAUCGGGGUCAACUCGGAGCUCGACGGCAUCGAGAACGCCGCCAAGUUCGCGGCGAGCCUCGACGGCGUGGGCGGGACGACACGCAACGCGGUCUUGAUGGCCGGGCUGACCGACGAGCCGCUGGAGUCGCUCAACGGGGCCUCGAUCAGCGAGAAGUACGAUCAACUCGUCAACGAGCUCGCGCAGAACUCAACGGUCGCCGGCUCGGUCGCCGAGGGCUUGGCCGUCUUCCAAGGAACCCUCGCGGCCGAGUACCAAGCCGUCACCGGGGUGAACCUGGACGAGGAAGCGGUGGAGAUGCUCCUGCUGCAGGACAUCUUCCAAGCGACCGCCCGCUACAUCUCGACGAUCCAAGAGCCCCGCGCCGCUGCCGUGACACGAAUCGCCCCCAUCUCGACGACCCGCGUCACGACGUCGAUGACGCGCGAUCGGCUGACCAACCAGAUCCAAGCGGACCAGCGAGACCUGCUCACGCUGCAGAACCAGCUGAGCACUGGUUUCCGCAUCUUCCUGCCGAGCGACGACCCGGCCUCCGCGCAAAGGGCCAUCGCCUUGCAGCGGACGAUCGAACGCAAGGAGCAAUCGGCGACGAACGCCAGCGGCGCCCAGAUCGCGCUCGCCACGGCCGACUUGGCUCUCAGCAACGUCUCGGAUCAGCUCAACUCGCUGCGCGCCGAGGCGCUCGCGGUUGUCGACACCAUCGCGAGCGAAGACGAACGCAACGCCACGAUCGAGACCGUCGACCGACUCCUCGACGAGCUGACACGCGUCGGCAACACGACGUUCACUAGCACGUACGUCUUCGGGGGCACCGAAACGACCUCGCCCCCGUACGAGGAGGCUUCGCUCUACGUCGAGUUCUCCGGCACCGAGGGGAGUCCUCAAACGUACGUCGACAUCGGGCAGCUCUUCGACGCCGGCGUCUCGGGAGCCGACGUCUUCGGCGGCUUCUCGGAGCCCGCCGGCGACGGCGCCGACCUGAACCCGCAGCUGACGCCCACCACGCGGCUGUCGCAGGUGAACGGCGGGCUCGGCCUGAGCCCCGACGGCGCCAUCGAGGUGCUCUUCCAACCGACCACACCCACCGAGCCAGCGAUCUCGACCACGAUCGACCUGUCGCGGGCCUCGACCAUUGAGGACGUCGCCCGGCUAAUCGAGGCCGGCGCACCCGGAGACGCCGAUCUGACGGUCACCGUCUCCGGCUCGGGCCUGCGGGUGGACGUCGCCAACGGCGGAGUGACGAUCAACGAGGUAGGCCAAGGCGCGACGGCAAGGGAACUCGGCCUGCUCUCAACGGGCGUCCCGCUGUCAAACAUCUCCGGCUCCGACCUCGACCCCGUGAUCCUACGGACGGACCCACUCGACGACCUCCUCGGCGCCAAAGCGCGGGGGCGGCUCGACCUGGGAGGCGGCAACAACGACUUGGUGCUGACCGCCGAGUCGAACGGAUCGACGCUCAACGGCCUCACCGUCGAGAUCGUUGCCGGGCCGCCCGGCGCCGCCACGGCCGCCUACGACGGAGGAACCAACACGCUCACGUUGACGAUCGAAGACGGCGUCUCCACCGCCGCAGAAAUCGCCGACGCGAUCAACGGCGCGGCCGGCGUCCCGGUCACCGCGUCGACCGACUACCGUGACCAGACAACGCUGGACGCGCAGGGGACCGGGGCCGUUUCGGCCGGAUACUCCGGCACGCCCCUCUCCGGGGGCGCCGACGGCGAGGUCGACGUCGCGUCCGGCUUGCUGAUCACCAACGGCUCGGAGACCUACACCGUCGACACGUCGUCCGCCGAGACGGUCGAGGACCUGCUCAGCCUGCUGAACACGCCCGACUACGGGCUCGACGCUCAGAUCAACGCCGCUGGCGACGGCAUCGACGUCCGCACGCGCCGCAGCGGGGCCGACUUCACGAUCGGCGAGAACGGAGGCACGACCGCCACGGACCUCGGCAUCCGCACCUACACCCGGUCGACACGGCUUGCCGACUUCAAUCGCGGCGUGGGGGUCUUCGAAGAGGUCGACACCCAGGGACUCCCGGAGGCCGCAGCGCAGGCGCAGAGGCUUGCCCAGAACGAGUUCGUCGUCACCGUCGUCGAAGACGGGGUCACCCAGUCCUACACGAUCGACCCGGUUGGCCUGACGUCGGUCGACGACCUGAUCGAUCAGAUCGCGGCGGACACGUUUGACAUCGUUCUCGGCGGACCUGCGAUUACCGCAGACCUCGCGGCGGUGGGCAACGGUCUCGUCUUGUCGAGAACGGAUGUCAACGACCCGGGCGUCGCCGCCAACGGCGCUGGCGUCACGGCCACGCUGGCGGCCGUCAACGUUGCCGGCGGCGUGGUCGCCGACUCGAUCACCGUGUCGGGCGCUUACGCCGAACGGCUCGGGUUCGUCCCUCCCGGUGAAGACUCGGUGAGCAGCACUUCGGGGGCGCUGACCUCGGAAGACCGUCACGUCCUCGAGGUCGACAGCGUCUUCACGACACUCAUCCGGAUGCGCGAAGCGCUCGUCGCCGAGGACUCCGAAGCGCUGGGGCGCGAGAUCAACCGGUUCGACGACGAUCUCGAACGGGUCAGCUUCGGCCGCGCCGAAGUCGGCGUCCGGCUGCGGAACCUCGAGUCGAUUCAGAACCGCCUCGCGGACGAACAGGUCGAGCUGCGGAGCGCUUUGUCCGACGAGAUCGACGCCGACUUGGUCGAAGUCAUCUCCGACUACACGGCCAAGCAGUUCUCCUAUCAAGCCUCGCUGCAGACGGCCGGCAGCCUGCUGAACCUGUCGCUGCUCGGCCUGCGCGACGGGGCCCGCGGACCGUCGUCGGCGCGAGCCGAGACGCUGCCCGUGCUAGCGGCGCGAGGGGAGACCAUCAUGCAGAUUCAGACAACACGUUUCGGAAGCGUCGAGGUCCGCCCGGCGGACAUCCUGACCUUCCCACAGGGCUUGAUCGGCCUGGAGCCGUGGUCCGAGUGGGUCGCGCUCGCGGACGGGCGUCACAGCGGCCUCGGCUGGCUGCAAUCGACCGAGCGCGCCGACCUGGCGUUCGCGGUCGUCAGCCCUCGCCGCUUUGUGCCCGGCUACAAGGUGCGAGUCUCCGCCCGCGACCUCGGGCCGCUCGAAGCGCCCGCCGACGCGACGCCACAGGUCGUCGUGACGGUGAGCUGCCACGGCGAGGGAGCCUUGUCGCUGAAUCUCAAGGCGCCGCUGCUGGUGUGCUUGGAGAGCCGCCGCGGCAAGCAGGUCGUCGCCAAGGACGACCACCCGGUGCGGCACUGGCUCGGCUCGGCCGGGUCGAUGCGGCGAACCGACGCACCCAUGCUGGUCCUGUCACGGCAACGCGACGAGAGCAUCAUCAUCGGCGACAACGUCGUCGUGACCGUUGUCGACGUCCGCGGCGACAAGGUCCGCCUCGGCAUCGACGCCCCGGUCGAGAUCCCCGUCCACCGCCGCGAGGUCUACGAGGCGAUCCAGCGCGAAAACCGUCGCGCCAGCGAGAUCAGCACCGAGCAAGCCCGCCAAGCGGGCGGCGACGAGAAGGCACUCUGCCUUCGGUUGCCCGACGUCUCCCGCUCGGUGGUUCGGCGUUUGACGGUCGGACCGGCCGAGCCGUGUGUGAGGCGCGUGGAGACACGCACCGAAGCCCGCGCAAAGCCGUCAGAGAGACACACCUCACGGAAGUCACACCGCGACGGCGACCGGGAAUCGGUUUCCCACGACGCCACGGCGGCCGACCCGCACACCGCGAACGCCAACCUGUCGCAGAGCCUGACGCGGCUCUCGACCGGUCUCCGGAUCAACACCGGCGCCGACGACCCGGCCGGUUUGAUCGCCAGCGAGAACCUGCGGAGCGACAUCACGUCGAUCCGUCGGGCGAUCGGCAACACCGACCGGGCCAACCAGGUCAUCGCGACCGCCGACUCGGCCCUCGGCCAGGUCAGCUCGCUGCUGAACGACAUCCGGGGCCUAGUCACGGAGUCGGCCAACUCGGGCGCCCUGUCGGACGAGCAGAUCGCGGCCAACCAGCUGCAGGUUGACUCGUCGCUCGAGGCCCUCAACCGGAUCGCUCAGACGACGACCUUCCAGGGCCGCCGCCUGCUCGACGGCUCGCUCGACUUCCUGACCAACUCGGGCGCCAACCCGACGGCCAUCUCGAACGUCCAGAUCGACCAAGCCAACCUCGGCGCGACCGGCUCGGUUGCCGUCGACGUCACCGUUUCGACUGCCGCCACGCAAGCGUCGGUCGCGAUCGACAACCUGCCGGACGUCACCCCGACCACCACGACCAGCCUCGAGUUCGACGUCCAGACCAGCGCCGCCGUUGGUUCCACCGGAUCGGUCGACUUCGACAUCGUGACGACGGACACCGUACAGUCGGUCACGACGCUGACCCUCGGCGGCGCCGGCGCCGACGAGAUCGCCAUCACCGCCGUUGAGGACGGCAUUGCCGACGGCCUUGCGGGCAAUGGUUUCGCGAUCGUCGUCAAUGACGCAACUACGGUCGCCAACGGAGCCGUAGCCACGUUCGAUGGCACCACGCUAACGAUCGACGCUGACAUCACGAACGGCGUCGGCUCGGACGACGUCGCUGCGGCGAUCCAGGCCGCGGGUGGCGCGAGUGCGAUCUUCACGGCUGUGUCGGAUGGCACCGACAACCUGCUGGCGGGUGACGAAGCCGCGAUCGAGGCGAUCACCGGCGGCAACACGAGCGCGGGCGCCGACGCGGUGAGCACCACCGAAACGAUCGACAUCGUGGGUGUCGCAGGUGUUGCUAGCAACAUCAACAUCGCGUUCGCCGAGUCCGCGCUCGGCGCGGCCGGUCCGACAACGAACGUCAUCGGCAACGCCACCUCGGGCUACACCCUCCAGAUCAACUCGGAUACUGCCGCGGGUGUCGGCAUUGGUGACAUCCGGACCGCGAUCGAGGGCAUUGCCGAGGUCGACAGCGCGACCAUCACGACGGCGGGCACCUCGACCUACCGAGGCAUCGAAGUCGGUGGCGCCUCGACGUUCCUCGACGCGCCCCCGGCGACUGAGGCGUUGAUCAACGGCGCCGACGCCGUGACGGCGACUCAGACGAUCGACAUCACCACCGCGGUCGGAUUCGCUGGCGACUUCACCAUCGACCUCGAUGCGAGCACCGACACGUCGGGCGCCGUGAUCCUGAGCGGCAGCGCCGCCACGGGCUACACCAUCGACAUCGAUGACGACACCGGCACGACCGUCGAGCAGAUCCGUGCCGCGAUCGAGAGCAUCGCCGAAGUCGGCACCGCCACGCUCGGCCAGAACACGACCGGCACCCUCACCUUCAACGCGGCGAACGGCGACACGGUCCCCGCGCAGCUGAGCGUCGUCGGCGCAGGGGUCGGCACCGAGUCGACCGGCCUCGACGCCGACUUGGUGUUCGAGCUGGCUGGUGAAAACGGCUCGGAGGUCCUGAGCUUCGAGGCCGGCACGACCAUCACGCAGCUGAUCGACGGCGUCAACGCCAUCAGCGACGCCACGGGGGUCACCGCCGCGGCGGACGACGCCGGUACGGGUGUCGUCUUCACGUCGAGCGGAUACGGCUCCAACGCGUUCGUCGAUCUCCAGAUCAUCGACGAGGGCACAGGCGCGACGCCCGCGGGCACCUUCACGACGGCGAUCAGCGAAGGGACCCGGUCGACGGGAACCGACGUGACCGCCACCGUGAACGGCAUCUCCGCCACGGGCGACGGCAACGACCUGUCGAUCAACACCGCGACGCUCGACCUGUCGGCGACGCUAACCGCUGGGUUCGUCGGUUCGUCGACGUUCACCAUCACCGGCGGCGGCGCCCUGUUCCAACUCGGCCCGGACGUCGUGUCGAACCAGCAGGCCCGCCUCGGCAUCAACAGCGUCAACACGGCCGCCUUGGGCGGAACCGAAGGCCUCCUGUACCAGUUGGGCACUGGCGGCGACGCCGACCUGGCGAGCGACCCGACGACCGCUGCGGCGAUCGUCGAGUCGGCCAUCGACCAGGUGACGUCGCUCCGCGGUCGACUGGGCGCCUUCCAGCGGACGUCGCUCGAGACGAACCGGAACGCCCUCAACGACACGCUCUCGAACCUCACCGAGGCCGAGAGCAGCAUCCGCGACGCCGACUUCGCCGAGGAAACCGCGAACCUCACCCGUUCGCAGAUCCUCGUCCAGUCGGGUACUCGGGUCUUGGCGAUCGCCAACCAGAACCCGCAGAACGUCUUGGCCCUGCUCAACUAA